GGAGGGUGGCGGGGGCGAAGAAUCACUUCCUCUAUUUCUCAAGUUUUCACAUUAAGUGCUCUUGUCUGACACAACUUUUGAGUGUUAGUGUUCAGCUCUGUUCUAAAGAGCACCAUUAGGUACGGCAAGAUGUGAAACACGUAAAGGAUGUGGUCAGAGCAGCAGUGAAGGGGAAGCAAGUGCACGGUUGCUGGUAGUCGUGAGCAGGUGAACAACGGAAAAACCUGCUCUGGUCAUUGGGGCUACUAAUUCUAAACUUUGGCAAAUAGUUGUUAGAGGAUGAAUUGAACAAAGAUUGCUGAAGACAAUGGAAAUUGAGGAUUCGUUGACUUCUCGGUCUGGUUCAAGAGACAGACAGUGUAACCUCUCGGACCAUACCUGUAAAAAGAGAAAGCAGGAGCCGUUUGUGAAUCCUGCUCUCUGCAUCACAGAGGAUGAAGAGGAUGAGGAGGACUACCACGAAAAGACCACAGAGCACAAGAAAGACCCAGAGGAACCAAGUACAAAGAGGGUUAGACCUGUGGUGAAGUCCAACAGCCUGACAGGCGUCAUAACCCCCGCAAAGACCCCAGCCCUGAAACGUUUUGGACAGUCUAUCACGCGCUCCAUCAGCUUCCGAACGGAGGUGCGACCCUUGCCCCCAGCCAACAUGCGCUCUCGGCAGAAGCCCCCCUUGUUCACGCGGAAACACAACAGCCAGUGCUGGAGCGACACCGUGGAGAGCCAUGACCUCACAGCGAAGGAGAUCAAACGACAAGAGGUUAUCUACGAGCUGACACAAGGUGAAAAACAGCUGAUAGAGGACCUCAAACUGGUGAAGAAGGUGUACUACGAGCCAAUGCUGAAGCUUGAAAUCAUGACCGAGAGCGAGCUGGGCCAUAUUUUUGGAACUUUGGAUUCUCUCAUACCACUUCAUGAAGACUUCUUGACUCGCCUAGAGAAGCUGCGAGGAUCAGAGAAGACUGUAGGAGAGGUGGCGCCCACUCUGAUGAAUUGGUUCCCCUGCCUUGAGGCCUACAUCACCUACUGCUGCAACCAAGUCGGGGCCAAGGCCCUGCUGGACCUGAAGAAGCAGGACAAAGCUGUGGAGCGCUUCCUGCUUCUCUGCCAGGAGUCCCCCUUCAGCAGGAAGCUGGACCUGUGGAACUUCCUGGAUCUCCCCCGGAGCCGAUUGGUCAAAUACCCGCUACUGCUCAAAGAGAUCCAGAAGUGCACUCCACCGGAGCACCCUGAUGAAGACAUUCUACCUGACGCUUUGGAGCUGAUUCUGAGCAUCGUGGAAGAGGUGAACAAGAAGACGGGGGAGGCAGAGUGUCAGUUCUACAGACGGGGUCUGGCCUACAUGGAGGAGUCCCAGAGAAUACCAGAGAUACAGCUCUCCCGCUUCCUCUACUGCCAAGGAGAACUCAAGAACAGCAAGGGACAGCGGCUCCAUGUGUUCCUGUUCGAGCUGGCCUUGGUGCUGACCCGGCUUGGGGAGGACCGGGACGGGGGCCACCUCUACCAGGUGUACCGCCAGCCCUUCCCCAACGCCCUGCUCAACCUGGAGGACAUCCCAGACUCAGAAGCCGGCGGGGGGGGCACCUUCCGUACCGCCUUCACCGGAGGCAACGACAAAGUGAGGAACUGCUUCCGCGUGAGUAGCAGGGGCCGCGCCAAAGCCCAGUCCCACAGCCUGCAGGCCAACGACUCCUUCAACAAGCAGCAGUGGAUCACCUGUCUGCGCCAGGCCAUCGUCCAAUCGCGGGACAGGGGUUCCCUGACCAGUCAGAAUCUGCAGAGUCCGCCCCCUGACCCCACCCUCAAUAACUUAGCUGAACUCAGCCUCAACCCAGCUACAGAGAUGACCCACCACGCCACGCACUGACAGAUGCAUCUCAUAUGAAAGUGAUGCUGUGUGUCUGAGUGUAUGUAAUGCAUACAUGGGUAAGCAGUGAAAGGAUAUGCAAUAAUAUUUUUAGCAGUGAUAUUUGUAAAAUAUUUUUUAAAAAGCGUUCGAGUUACACCCACUAUGAGAGACAACCAAUGUUUUCCUUUAAUGUAUUUUAUGCUGUGAAACUCAUGUUACAAACUUUGCAAAAGGUACUUGUGUACAUGUCUUUAAGUUUUGUGUCAUAUAUUUUUUAAAUAAACGGAUGCUUUAAGAGGCCCUCCUUUGGUUGGUGUACUUUGUUUGG